ACCACAUCUGAGGUUUUAGAUUCUCCAUCCAGGGAAUCAAUCUGAAAAUUUGACAUGGCUCCGUGUUUUCCCUGCCUUGGCUCGUCAAAACACAAAUAUGUUGACAAUUUUAUCUCAGCCUCACCAGAUAAGUCAAAGGUUAUACUUCCUACUAUAAAUUCCUUGACAUAUCAAGAGCUUGCUGCUGCAACCCAAAACUUUAGUCCUGAGUGCUUGCUUGGUGAAGGCGGCUUUGGACGGGUUUAUAAAGGUCACAUCAAAACUACUGACCAGGUAGUUGCUGUGAAGCAGCUUAACCAGGAUGGGGUUCAAGGGCAGAGAGAGUUUUUGGUGGAGGUUCUGAUGCUUUGCCUCUGCCAUCAUCCAAAUCUUGUCAACUUGAUAGGCUAUUGUGCAGAUGGGGUUCAAAGACUUCUCGUCUAUGAGUAUAUGGCUUUGGGCUCUCUUGAGGAUCAUUUGCAUGCAGAUCUUCCACCAGAUAAAGCACCUUUGGACUGGAACACAAGAAUGAAGAUUGCAGCCGGGACGGCCAAGGGGUUGGAGUAUUUACAUGACAAAGCUGAUCCCUCGGUUAUAUAUAGAGAUUUAAAAUCUGCAAACAUACUUCUUGGCGAGGGAUUCCACCCGAAAUUGUCAGAUUUCGGGCUUGCAAAACUGGGCCCUUCCGAUGGUAGAACUCAUGUCUCUACACGCGUGAUGGGCACAUAUGGUUAUUGUGCCCCCGAGUAUGCCCGCACCGGUAAACUCACCCCCAAGUCUGAUAUCUAUAGUUUCGGGGUCGUUCUACUCGAAAUCAUCACCGGACGCAAGGCCAUUGAUCCCACGAGAACUCAAUCAGAACAAAAUCUCGUAGCCUGGGCUAAGUCCUUUUUGGGAGACAAAAAGAAGGCUUUUAAAGUGGCGGAUCCACGGCUGGGGGGGCGUUAUCCCAGACGGGCAUUUUAUCAAGCACUAACAGUGGCAUGCAUGUGCGUUCAUGAAGAAGCUGCAUCAAGGCCUUUAAUCAGCGAUGUUGUGACCGCUCUCACACAUCUUGCCUCCCAAACCGAUGACACUAGGAAGCGUGCUGUUUUAGAGGCAAUGGUUUGGGGUGAGAAGGGGCACAAGGAGAAUACAAGAAAUUGUUGAAUGGAAAGAAAUUAAACAUGAUAUAUUAAGCCUUCCUUGAUCGGAUCGGAACAUAUAUAUGAAGCAGAGAAGCCCAGGAGGAGAUAGAGAACAUGGUUUCAAAAUUCAAAAUUCAAAAAAAAAAAAAAAAAAACAUAAUCUAUAAGUUAAAGACAUCUUUUUAUUCUUUCUAUUGAAAAAUUUAAAAAUAAUAAUUUAAGAAUUAAAAUUACAAUUUUCUCAAUAAAUUGUUAUCUCUCUUUCAUAUUAA